CUGCCCCAUCCCCUUCUCUAGAAGCUUCUCCUCACCCAGGUCUUUCCCACACUUCAGCCCCAGACUCCUAGCCCUGCUCCUCGAGCCUCCUCCCUCACUUCCGGGUCUUGCUCCUGAUCGUGCUCCAGGCCGCCUUUCUCGAGGCUCCUCCCGGCCUGACCUUCUAAGCGCCUCAGAGCGUGAUGGAUCUUAGUUUGUCUCCUAGCAGACAGGGCCGGCGAAGGAAUGCGCCUUUGUUCAUACGUGCUACGUGUGUGUCAACGUAACUGUGUGCCUGCAUACCUGUGUGCCUACGUGAAGACGCCCAGUCAAGCAGGCAGAAGAGUGUUUUCUCCUCUGGCCACCAAGCAGGCACCCUCUGCUUUGAGUGGUAGGAGUGCUUGCAGCCACUUCUUGCUCUGGGAUUCCACCCACACAGGGGCUCCAGGAAACAGGAGGCAAACGCGGAGGUCUGAGGCCCAUGUCCUGAGGUCAGGGAGCAGAGGAUGUCCAGGCAGUGCUGGGAGACAAGGUCAGUGGUCUCCAUUUCCCCCAUGCCACACUCCCACUGGGCACAAGACCCCAUCCGUCAUGCCUGUGGUCCCGAUGAAUGAGUUUUGCACUCCUGAGGAACACCUUCAGGGCCAAAUCCAGGCCCAGGGCCCAGUGGAGGCGCAGCUCCUGGGGGUGGAGGCGGAGGAUGCCUCAACCCCUCUGGCCACCUCCCCUCCAAUCUCAUCUUCCUCUGCCACCGUAGAUGCAGAGAUCUUUCUCAAGCAGACUCUGAAUGUGAUGGUGGCUGAUCUAGUCGAGAUCGUGUUCCUCAAGUAUGGCACCAAGGAGCCGAUUUUCCAGACUGAAAUGCUGAAUACAGUCCUCAGGGAUAACCAGGCCCACUUCCCUGUGGUCUUUCAUAAAGCCACACAGUGCCUGCAGUUGGUCUUUGGCCUGGAUAUGAAAGAGGUGGACCAUAGAGAGCACAUCUAUGUCAUGAUCCCCACCCUGGGCCGCCUCACGCUCAGUGACAUGCAGAGGGAUGGGCAGAGUAUGCCAAAGGCUGGCCUACUGGUUUCCGCCCUGACCCUGACUCUCCUAGCAGGGGACUGGGUCUGUGAGGAGAAAGUCUGGGGAGAACUCAGCAGAAUGGGGGCAUUUGCUGGGAUGCAGCACUACGUCUAUGGGGAGCCCAAGGAGCUGCUGACCCAAAUAUGGGUGCAGGCGGGGUACCUGCAGUACUGUCAGGUGCCUCACAGCCACCCUGCUCACUAUGAGUUCCUGUGGGGUACCAGGGCCUAUGCAGAGACCAGCAAGCAGCAAGUCAAGGACUACCUGCACAGGGUCAAUGGAAGGGGUCCCGGGUUCUUCCCAUCCCAGUGUACAGAGGUGUAA